GUUUCAUUAUCAGAAUUAUCAUCAUGUGUGCUCUGGUGCUUGCAAAUCAACCGUGAUGAUCAGAUGAAAUUUAAUCUAUGUACAAUUGUAAAAUUAUAUUACUUGAGGAGGUGUAAUGCGCGGAUGAGCAUUGAACACAUUUCCACUUUAUAUUAAUAAAAGAAGUAACACUUCUCCUCAAUGUGAUCAUGGUAGAACUGAACGAUAUCAAAUGACAUCAAGUCUCAGGAAGCGAAGAAUAGGCAUGAGAAUGAAUCGUUUGAUUUUCCCACAGCUCCAAAAAUAACCUAACGUUAUUUGAUGCCGGAAAUUUCCAUUUAAAAUUGGAUCAUUUAACAAUGAAAAUGAAUUGGCCAAAGAAGAGAAUGGUGGAAGAGAUAGAAAAAUAUCAGAAUAAGAGUGGAUAUCAGAGCAGUAAGAUAUAGUCUUCAUCGUCUAUAAACAUCACAUCCGCCAAAUUCUUUUGAGUUCCUGUUUUUCGUUCGCACAUUCACAUAAAUUUCAAUAUAAAAUGAUGGACCAUACGAAUGAACCGCAACCUCAACAUCAAAUGAAUUUGCAACGUGACAACCAGCAAAUGCUACGAACACACGUCACACAUACAAAACCCUGGCUGUUUCCUGUACAACAAUUUCACAAUGCAACGUAUUUGUGCGGUUUGUAUGCAGCCAAUCAUGGCGUAACUGCCAAUGAAAUCUACAACAGAGAAAACGGUCGAUUGCUUAAAUACUCGCGUGAGCUCUUUAUGUUGAAAGACGACAUAACACCAAUUUGGACGCUCAAUGAAUUGGCCGGCAAAAAAUCAGCUGUAUCCAUGUGGGCUUCGGCAGAGUUUGAUUUUCGUGGAAAAUCGAUAAGCUACCAUGAGCGGUUUGAUAGAAAAGUGCAUUGGAAAGCACGUAUUGACAACAUUAUACCGUUGUUAAAGCGAAAUGAGUCACAAGUAAAUUUUGUGAUGUUUUAUAUCGAUGUGCCCGAUUUUCCAAGUCAUUCAUUUUCUAUGUUUUCAAAACAAGUGACGGAAAGUUUGCAAGAUAUGGAUAAUAUGGUGAAGUACUUGAGCGAACAGUUGAACGAAGAGGAGCUCUUGCAUAAGACUGAUAUAGUAUUAUUGUCAGAUCAUGGGAUGGAUACAUUCUAUUUCAAUAAUGAAAGUGUCGAUAAAAAUAUAAUCAAUCUUUAUCGAACGUUGAGCAAUGACUCUUGCAACAUGUAUGGAGCGUCACCUGUCUUUCAAGUCAUUGCCAAUGAUGGAUACAAUCAAACUGAAAUUUGCAAGCGGUUAAAAGAAGGUGCAGCCCAAAACGGAAAUUAUAAAGUCUAUACAGAUGAUGAGUUGGAUGAAAAUAAUUGGCACAUUCGAAAUGAGCAACGUUUCGGACCUUGUACAGUGGUGGCUGAACCAGGCUUCGUUUUUCAAGACCUAUGGGUUAUGUUGAAGAAGUACACCGAUUAUGAUAGUUUGACACCAGACACAAGGUUUGGCGUCCACGGAUAUGACAACAGAGCACCGAGCAUGCAAGCAGUUUUCAUGGCAAAUGGCCCGAGUUUUAGGAGUGGUGUUGGGAUUCCGCACAUGCAAAAUAUUGAUUUGUAUCAUUUAUUUGCGAGACUUCUAAACAUCGGAGAAUUGGCCACAAAUCUUAAUAUUGAUGGUGUUGAUCGACAAGAUAUAUGGGAUCAGAUGUUACAAAAACAUUGAACAAAAUAUCUGUAAAUUAUCUGACAUCAACUAAUUAAGCGUAGGCUACAAAAUAUUUACUCUAUUUGAGAGAGGUAGAGAGAGAGAGCGAAAUGAAACAUAGGUAUGAUUGGAGUUGAAGAAAAUAAGAUAAUAGGCAUACAUUAUUAAUCUCAAUUUGAGAUAGUACUUAAUUGUUUUUUUUUUAUCAUCUUCUAGCAACCUACUUGAUACAUUUUUUACUCAAUUUUUUCCAUUCCAUUUAAUUGACAUCUUGUUAAAAGUUUAAAGUCGAUAAUAUUAAUGUCAUUAACACUUACCUCGUUGUUUAAAAAAAACGCCUUUUAAUUGCUUUCCUGUGUCAAUUUGGUUAGUGAUAAGAAAAACAUGGUUUAUUUUUGAGAUAAAAUAUUUCUUUAUUUCUAUUUAUGUUUCCAUUCUGUGUACGAUUUUUUUUGUGUGAGAAUUUCUCCUUGUAAUUAAAUACUUUUUUUUUAAAUAUUUUAUUCAAUUCAAUUUGUAAUCUUACAUUUAUGAAUAGCAUAACUUAAACUGUAUCAAUUGAUCUCUUCUUCAAUAAUGUCCGAAGAGACAUAAAAUGUAUUUAUUUGAGAUGUUUGUGUGCAAAUUGUUUCUUCCCAUCUGAUAACUUCUUUUGCAACUUUACAAACUCAAUCUCUAUAAAUGUAUUUUGCCACCAAAACCAAAUGUUAGCGUGUGUGUUAGUCUUUAUUUUGUAUAUUUAUUUCCAAAAAAAAUCGUCUAUCGACUUGUAACAAACGUUGUUAUGUAUUUUCUGUUUGGUAGAAAUGAAUUGAAACGUAAAAUUAUUAUCGCGCGAAUAGUUACAAAAUGUGCACACAUUUUAAUUGAUAUUAUUUCUCUGGACCUGCUUAAAUUGUGCGAGAGAAUUAAUAAAUAACAUACAUGCUUCACAAAAUACAGAAUAUCGUCCAUAAAAUAUUGUGGGCAGUUGGCAUUGUGUGUGUGUGUGUGUGUUCAUGAAACAUUUAUGAUUUGUGAAAAUGAAUCUAGUAGUUAAUAUUAUGUGAACGCUAUGAUAUAUUUGCAAUACUAAAUGCUAUGCUGUUGUUUGUGUACGGAGCGGUGGUGUGUAAUUCACAUAUACAUACCAUCUCUCACAUAUUAUCGAUUAAUUGUUUGUGCCCGUCCGAAACAACAAACCGUGAAUAAAAAUCAGUUUUACCCAAAAAAAAAAAUUUUUUUUUUGCUUAUUUUUGAAUUGUGGCUCUGACCAAAAGCUGAAUGCUAGUGCUGCCGAUUGGUGAACGGCAGACAUAAUGUUAUUCGACAGAAACGCGAUAAUAAGUUUUUCGGUCAACGUGCAAAAAUGUUCUCUCGUUGCGUUAGUUAAUUUUUGCGAUAUCCUGUUGAUGAUUAAAUAUUUAAUGAGUUCGGCGAGUGAUUUUGCUAUUUUGCAUGAAUUUGGUUUUUGUUCAUGUGUAUGUGUCUGUGUGUGUAUUGGGUUUUUAUGUUUAUUUUCCAGUCAAAAUAUUGCACAUGUUUAUUUAAUAAAGUGUUAUUAUUCAUGAAUUUUCUCUCUACAAUCGACUAUAACUCACUGCUUACGUUCUACUGCAUUCACAAAAAAACCCUGGCUUUCACCACUUUUGCAUUAUUUUUUCGUUUGUUUGUUUUUGAGGAACAAUUUUAUUUGAUGGACCAAAAAUCGGUUUGGC